AUGGUCUCAACGAACCUUUUCGCCCUGUUCAAGCCUGAUGUGCUGGGCACCGCCGGGUUCGCCUACGGCAGGACGACGUCGGAGCCUCAGCAAGGCUAUUUCGACGUGACUGAAGAGGAAGCCAUGAGCGGGGUGGGUACCUAUGUUGGAAGCACCUUGUGCGUAGCUCGGGUUCUGCAGGGGAAGCCGAAGGUGUGGGAAUACGGCACCGUUGUUGGUUACUCGUGGAGAGCCGCGACGAAGGAGGGCGUGUUACACGUUACCUUUACUACGGAAACCUGCGACGAUCCGUUCGUGAUGGAGGAGCUGCACGACUUGCCGCUCGAAACCUAUGCCCUACGGCCCUGUUUUCAGAUAGGCGUCGCGGACGUGAUGCCGGCCGAGAUGAAGUCCAUUCAUACCGCGGUGCACGCCCAUUUCAACGGUUCCGGGCAGACCGCGCGUCGAAGUUCAGCCACAAUUCUACGCAAGGUGUCCAUGAAUCUGAUUAAUGAGAGUCAAGUUGUGCCUUUAUUCAAUCUGGCAAAGACCCGUGUCGAUUACCUGGAGAUU